AUGGCACCGAUCAGUGAUGCUGUGUUCCUGCGCCGCAACAACCAAAUCCAAGAUGCAAUUGACGGGCAGAAUCUGAAGCAGGCCUUGCAGCUCAUUGAGAAACGUAUGAAGAAAGGUGAAGAUACGCGGUUUUUGAAAGCUUGGAAAGCGCAUGUACUCUGGCGCCAUGCGGACGAGGCUCAUCACAAGCGCGGCAUUACGGAAACCCUCGAGCUGUGCAAUGCGGAACCGCCAACAACUGACAUUGACACUCUGGACAUUCUUUUCAGAACGUUGCAAAAAUUGGAUGGCCAUGAAGCGACGAGGAGUAACAUGUGGGAAAGGGCGGCAAAAGUCAAACCUCAGGAUUUAGAGAUUCAAGGCCGUUGGUUCACGUACGCUUUUGAAAGCAACGAUUGGAAAUCGGCACAAAAAGCUGCCAUGAGUCUACAAAAGAACUUCCCACGGGACCGCAAGUACUAUUUCUGGGCCAUUUUCCUCAGCCAUUUGAUAGCAACAGAUGAGCGGAGCUCCGAGGCUGAUCGAAAGCUUUUCGGUACCCUCGCGUAUCGCAUGAUCUCUAAGGCUGCAGCAGAUGUCCCUCAGAAGGUGAGCCGUACCCUGAAACCGACACUCAUGGCUCAGGAAUUAAGCCCGCCACGAGCGAUUCAAACAUCAGAGGAAUUGCGUCUGCUUAUCAAGAUCUAUGAAACUCAAGGAAGAAGUUCUGAAGUCGUCAAGAUUCUGGACAGCGACAAUCUCGGCCUCAAAUCUCGCAUCGUCCAAAACGAUAAUGCUUUCUUGGGCUUCAAAGCGGCCAAUCUCAUUGCAGCCCAGAUGUGGGAAGAAGGAGUGGCAUUUGUGAAGGGUCUUUAUGGAGUUUCUGACAACCAGGAGAGGCUGAAGGCUCUUCGUGAGAUCGACGACUGGAGUAUUUGGAACCUUCUAGUCACAGCCACAAAGAACGCCAAAGAUUCUGGAAUCAUCAGCGACUCGGUGAAAUUUGCGGAAACCUUUUCACGGACAAUGCCCAAGUCUCGCAAUGCAGCUCUCGCUCGUCUCGAUAUUAUUUCCCACGGGAUCCAGACAGGCGAGGCUUCCGCCGAUAGCUUACUUUCAGCCUCCCGCGAAUAUAUUGACAACCACAUUCACAAGUUGUACGCUUUCAACGAUAUCAGGAGGGUAAUUGGUCCAAACAAGGAUCAUCUAUCCACCUUGCUCGACUAUAUCAACAAACACCAUGCUGGUGUAGAAAAGACAAAUGUCCCCGCUAUCAAUGCCCUCAAAUUGGAGUACUGUUUGAACAUCUCCGGGUCAGACAACCCUUCCUCUGAGCUCAUGGAGAGCUUUGCUGUCAGGUGUCUCGAGAUGUAUGAUAAAGCGUUCAAGGAUGGUCAAAUCAAGAAAGACCCCACGAAAGAGGCGUCCUCCACCAUCGAGAGUCAGCCCAUCGAUGAUCUCUGCAUUCUUGCAGCCAUGUGUCUCCUUCAGCCCACCGAGGAACGCGAAACGGGGUCAAAGGUCUCCAAGACCUCCUUGAUCCGAGCGGCCGCUAUUCUAGAUCGCCUUUGUCGUGAUUCUCCGCACAAUUACGAGGCGCUCCUCCUUUUGGUCAGAAUCUAUCUUCUUCUUGGGGCAGGAUCCCUCGCCUUGAGCACCUUCAGCAAAUUGUCCGUCAAGCAGAUUCAGUUCGAUUCUGUGGCUCACAUUCUACUCACUCGCCUUUCCACUAUCCAUCCCCACUCUGCACCCCCAGUUGAGGGAGCCGAGUAUAAGGACUUUGAUCCCUUGUCGGCCUAUGUGCAAGGGCUCAAUUUCUUCCGCACUUCAGAAGUCAACACGAUGCGAUACCGAACAGCUGGCUUGGAUGAGGGCGCCUACGUGAACACUGAAGAAAUCAUCGAGCUGCGGCGACGCCUGUCCAAUAGCUUUAACCGACGGUUGUAUGCUCUGGAAGUACGUCGUACCCAAAGACUUGCGGGAGGCGACUCAAUGGGCCGCUGCGAUGAACUCGCGCGUGAUGACUCCCCCUUUGUUGAUUCACGGAAAUUUGGUGCUUUCAUGUCGUGCGAAUUUGUUGACAAGCCACCUUUCGAAGAGAGAAUCCGUCUAGGGCCGCUCCCGAAGACUAAUUGGCUGGCUUCAGCUCGUAUCACGGAUCGCCUCUUCAGCGUAUUGAAGGGUAUUUCUCUGCAAAGAACUCUAACUGCUGAGACCGAAUUACCUUCUCUUGAGAUGCUUUCAGUAUCCGAUGCUGAUGACGACCAAACGUUAGCUGAAAAGGAAUCAUGUUUGAUCCAUACGGAAAUGUUGAAGGUGGCCUUGUUCAUGGCUGGCUCUAAACCGAUCACUCUGCAUCAGGUCGAAGGUGCUCUUGGCGAGGCCGAAAAAUACCUCAAGGCGAAAAAAACGGAACUGACUGCGGAUGAGAAGGCAUCUUCGCCUUUGCUAUCCUCCACGGCGUUGUAUAUUGGGUCUGAAACCCCAAUUGGGCCGGCCUGGGAUUAUCUUCACAAAUCCUACACCAUACUGGAAACAACGAAAGCGCUUUGGCAACUCGUCACGCUGGCUGGCAAGAGGGGAGGCAAGUCGGCGAAAUUGCCCAAAGAAAGCUUGGAGAGAGUGUCAGCGCUCGUGCCAGAAAUCUACGAUCUUGUCCGAUCAAACGCACGGGCCUUGAAGCAGCGCGUUUCUGCGUCCGGAGUUCUUUCCUCCCUGAUUGAUUUGGUCAUUCAAGGAGAUCAGUCUGCCGAGACUCAAAAGUCUGCUCAUCACAUCCUCGAGGCUACACUGGACUCAUCCCGCAUUGAACUAUUCUGUGGCGCUCUCAUGGAGAGUUGGGAGGAGGCUCUUGAUGGGCUUUUGCUUUUUCGCCUACGCACCAACGCCCGCGCCAAGACCCGCAGUGUGCGGUUGCCCGAAGCAUUACGGGUUUUCCACACGUCUUCCUUCAUUCCCCUUUCACGACAACUCCGCCAAUCCCCCAAGACACCAACCGUCGCAAUGGCGCAAGAACGCACCGGUAUCGUGGUCGGCACCAACAAGGGCCACAAAACCACUCCCCUCAACACCCCCAAGAACAAGAUUAGCCGCACCAAGGGCCAGUCUUCUCGCCGCACUGCGUUCGUCCGCGAGAUUGCUCGUGAGGUUGUUGGCCUUGCCCCCUAUGAGCGUCGUGUGAUUGAGUUGCUCCGUAACGCUCAGGACAAGCGUGCCCGCAAGCUCGCCAAGAAGCGCCUCGGUACCUUCACCCGUGGCAAGAGAAAGGUCGAGGACAUGCAGAAGGUCAUCGCCGAGGCCCGCCGUACCCAGGCUCACUAA